GAUAAUGACUUUGAUGACACUGUUUACAGUUUUACAAUCUUUUUAUAUUGAUUUAAGAAAAAAAUGUAUUUUUCAUCCUUCAAGUAUUGCAAAAGUGUGAUAUUCAUCCCUCAUGUUGCAUUUGGUGUAAAUCAACUCCUUAACUAACUAAACUAGUGCAUUUAUCAAUUUAGCAAUGGUUUAGUAUCAUAUAAUAUGGGUUUAGGUCAUAUAAUUAUGUUACAAUUCAUUGCCUAGCCAUGUCCAAUGUUAAGCCACUUGAUAUAAUAGUUCGAUCCGAAUCGGUUUCAUUAAUUGUUUGGAUAAACUUUUUAUAGGUACCCAAUUUAGAGGAUUUACUGAUUUUUUUUCGGGUUUUGUAUCUUCAACUUAGCAUAUUAUAUUGCUAAGCAAGAAAUAGUCAUGAUUGUGUGGCAUGAACCACCAUUAGAUAGCACUAAAACAUUGUUAAACUAAGGUGGGGAUGAUAAAUGCACCGAUUUAGUUAGUUAAGGGGUUGAUUUGCACCAAAUAAAACAUGAGGGAUGAAUACCACACUUUUGUAAUACUCCAGGAUGGAAAAUACACCUUUUCCUUGAUUUAAGUUCACGGCCAAAGGGGUAAGCAUGUUUGUUAGCUGGUGCAGGCUUGUAUCUACCAUCAUAAGGUUCAUAUGCCUUUAAUUACUAAAGGAGUAAGCAUGAUUGCAGGAUUUAUGAAUAUAUUGUUUUUGUCGAUGCAUAAUGAGUACUCAGUAACAAAAGAGAGUUUACAUAAUUUUGUAUUUAUUUGUUUCUUACAUAAAAUUCAAGCCCUUCCAAGAUAUAAGGUAUAAUUUCUGUUUUUGCCAUUUUGCUUCAAAAUGCAAGGUUUCCAUGCCAUUUGAAAUAUCUUUUGUCAUUUUCUAUAAUUGAUCUCUACGUUGUUCAACAUUUUGAGUAAACAUCAACACAACUAUUCUCCCCCUUCUUGCUAAGGCAUUAGCAUCACAAACACUUUAGUUAUUUUCCUCUACCAUUUUCUUGGUUCCACAUGCUCCUUAACCUCUACGGCCAACGAUAGUAUGCCUUAUAUUAGAUAUGUAGGGACUCUCUAGCAGAUAGAUACCAGAUUAUACAGUUCUGUUUAUUAUGGAGACUUGACCAUUCAAGUCUACUGAUUAAUAUUCUCCAAUGCUGAAAGUAUAGGGGUGGAUCAACCAAGUGCUGGCAUUUGAAGGAUGUUUUAGGGAGUACGAAUAAAAGGGAAUCCUUAGUCUAACUUGGUAAUUUCUCUGCUAAAUUGCUUAUUGACGGACAUGUUGCAAGAAUUAUCCAAUGAUUCUCUAUAGUUGCUAGGAAGCAAGGGAGAAGGCAUCAGAAUCUUAACUGAUGCAAUACCUGAUGAUGACAUUCAUAUUCGAUUGGUACAUGCCUCCUUGCGUGCAGAGUCUUGGCAUUCCUAUUUCUUAUUGUAAACUAAAGUUUUACAUUUUCAUGGAAGUUCUGACAAUAAGUUAGAUUUACCUCCAUCUGCUUUUAGCCUGUGAAAGCUUCACCCAAGGAGUAAAGGAUUCAAGCCAGCUUCCCUGUCUUAUCUGUGAUAUUGGAGCUGGCAUUGUCACUGUACUCUUCAUUCAAGUGCUGCCAGAUAACAGAUGGGUUCAAAAAGCUUAUUAUCGUCAUCAGUACAUGGACAAACUCUGGGACAGAAGUACGAUUGGCAAAACUUAUCCCUUCAUCAAAGUGAGCAAGCAGCAAGGGAGCAACUUGAUCAUGAUGCAACCCUGCACUGCCCUCUGGAUAUGCCUAGCAGGUUGGGGGAAUAUAAUGCAUUACAUGGGCAUGGACAUUCUGAGAUUCGUGGCCCAGGAAAUGGAGUAAGUGGACAAUGCCACCUAUCUUCUUGUUCUUAUGGUAGAUGCCAUGGUAAAGAUCAUGCUUGUGUCAGCAAUACAUCGAAACAGGCUAGGCGCAGCAUUGUACCUGCACUUGAUCCCAUCAGAUCUUACCGAACCAACAGAAGCCCUUCCUUUGGUCAUGGUCAUCAUGGUGCAAAAGGAGCUCACAGACAGAUAUGUCAAGCAAGAAGUUGUAGGAAGAUUUUUUCUGCUAACCAGGGGAUUAGUAGUCAGAAUAGACAUCAUCAUGAUGAUAGAUAUCUUCCAGGUAAACAUGACUUCCUGGAUGGUCAUUUUUCUGAGAUAGAUGCAGAAAUGCAUCGCUCUUAUAUGCGCAGAUUUCACUGUCAUAGUAAGCAUAAGGGACACUCUUGGAAGGAUCCUACAUUAAAUAUUCCUGUUCGCACCUCACAUGGUCGAUCGUGUCAAAGAGAUGAAGAGGAAAGAGGUCACCCGAAGAGACAAGUUAAUGAAUUUCAUUCCCUCCACCAUGAGCAACUUGAGCUCUCUCCCAAUGAAAACUUUCAUGAAUGCUCAGAUAGCCAUCGUUUCAGAAAUGCUUAUAAUGGCAAGAUGGUAAAAAGGAAAUUUAUAAAACAAGGUUUCCAUGAAAGCACUUACAAUGGUGCUGGAGCUAGUAAAUAUGAGAGAAACAGUAGCCAGAAAAGGAAGGCAGAUCAUUUGGGAGGAAAGAAAGUUACGAAGAAUGUGGCUUAUGAGGAAAAAUCUAAGAGAUUUCGCUGGCCCAGAGAAAAGGACCAGAAACAACAAGUUGAGACUAACAAGAGGAGAAAUGGUAGUCUGGAGAGAAACGCUGAAAUAACCAAGUUUGUGGGUCGAGACGGAGGAAAAGGGAAUUGCGAUCUAAAGAAGGAUGCUACAGCUCCUGCUGCAAUUGGCUCAACAAAGUGUGAUGAGAACGCAAACAUGUUAAGUCCCAAGUGCAGCAAAACUGUCACUUCACCGAACACACCAAAUCUGAGUCAAGGAAGUAGUGACAUGGAUCUAGAAUCUGACAAGCAGUCUGAUGUCGAUGGUUGCACCGAAAGAGGUAUACUACAGCAUCUUCCAGUCACCCAUACAGAGAAGACUGUGGAACUGAAAGAAUCAGAUAAUCUUUCUCAGUCUGAGGCACUUCGCCAAGAUUGUUUGAUCCUAUGGAGAGCAAGACAAUUAAGAAAGGCUAAUGCUGCCAAGGCUGACAAAAUUGUAAAAGCAAAUCAACAACAAACUGGACAAAGAAGAAAGGUGUCAACUGGCAGAAGAGUGAGGAAUGGAAGACCUGCUGCUUUUGCUACCUCAGAAAGUGAUGAUGAAGAUGACAGUGCAUUGGAGUGUUCUGAUCAAUUUAGUAGUGCAACAUCAUCUGAUGGACUACAAAAUUGUGGUGAUGGAACAGCUAACAAAAAGUUAGAGGCGCCCCUCAAAUUCCCUAGUAGCAGUAAAUGCAACAAAAUCCCUGAAAAUGCAACUGCUGAGAAAGGUCUGGAGUGUAGUCUCAAGCUUCCACUGGAAGCAAAUCCUCUUGAACUUGCACAUCAGAAAGAAAAGGAAAACAUUCUUAACAGGAGGCAAUUAUCGACUGAUCAUCCAGAUGCCAUGGUGUAUGGUGGUUUGAAUGGUUGUUCUGACACUAGUAUGGUGGAUGAAGCUGCUGUUUGUCAUCGUGACAAUCGUGCACAUCAGAAUAUUUCUCAUCAGGAGAAACAUAAUGCUGACAGAAGGAAAGAGAAACUAGGUGUAAAAUGUGAAAAGAGAGGAGAAGGCCAUAGUGCUAAAUGGGUUGAACAAUCUACUGGUUUUUAUACUGACCCUACAUUGCUGGACCAAGAGACUAGUGCUCGUUGCUCCAUGCAUGGAGAUUUGAAGGUAAAUGCACUAGAGACUCCAAAUCACGAGAGUGGAAGUACUCCAUUUCAUGAUCAUAUACUUGAUGGAGGAACUGCAAACAUGUGCCAAAAGAAGCAAGUCAAUAGGUCCAGUGGAACUUACUUUAGAGAUUUCAAAAAUUGGUUAGAUGGAAAUGAUCAUAGAGAUAACCAAGAGGAAGCCAUGGAUCAUAAUCUUUUAAGAAAGAAGCAAGUAUGUUCAAUGAUGGCAGGCCCUGAAAAUGAGUUGAACAAGAAUGAUACGAAGGACUGUGAGCCUCAAUAUCUUGGUGUUGAGAAUAAAUCAAAUCGACAGAUAACCACAGAGGAUUGUACUUCUAACAUGACACAUUCUGGUGCUGCUAAACAAGGUGAUUGGAUCCCAUAUUCUUCUAAACCAGACUUAAAUUGCUCGCCUAAUAUGCUCACCGAUGAAGAUUUUGUGGCACCUGAGGAACUGGUUUGCCAGGUAACUGCAGGCGGUUUUGAACCUCAGAAUGUUACUAAGAGUCUUCCAGCUUCGUUGACUGUGCCAAUUGUAAAGGAACAGCAGUAUGAGCAAGUAAAGGAACAGCAGUGUAGGCAAGCUGAGGCAAAUCAAAUCAUCAGUGAUGUCUGCAAAAAGGAGGGCACUUCUGAAGUGGCAGCUCAGAUGGAGAUCUCUGAAUCUAAUACCGGGCCUCCACAGCGAAGCGCGGUCGAAGAGAGCAGGGCGCCAAUGGCUGCAUUCAAGUGUGCCCUGUAUGAGUUCGUCAGAAAUUUCUUGAAGCCUCUGUGGGAAAACGGGCUUGUUUCUCGGGAAGUCCACAAGAUUGUUGUGAAGAAGGUGGUGGAAAAAGUGGCUGGCGCUUGGGCCUCGAACGCUCCCUCGACAGAAUCGGACAUCUCAAGGAUCCUGUCCGAGGAAGCUAAAAACAUAGAGAGGCUUGUUCAGGGGUACCUGAAUUUGUACGUGGGAAGAGAAGUUCUUAAAAGAGUUGUCCCUGGUGGUGUCUGAGCGAAACGCAAAGCAAGUAGCUGGGAAGCGACCAUGGUCCAUGGAAGGGAAAGACACAAUCAAGUUAUGAAAACUUCAGACAUGUUACCUUCUCUGCUCGUGUCGUGAUGAGCCAUCUUGCAACUGUCUACUCUGACAACCGUACACCUGUUGAUUUUUAACACGUCAUCACUACCGAGUGAUGCCAUGGCCUAUGUAUAUAGGCCAAGCAGAUGUUUAUGAA